UCUGAAAGUUAUCCGCGAUUGGGUCUCGACUAACUCUUGCAUCGAAUACCUGUGUCGCACAUUUGGAUCUUACGCGUGACGUAAUCAAGCGGGUCGGAGUAAAAUCUCAACGGGGGAUCGCGAAAGGUCAAAGAGGAUCGACAUGAAAUCAUGGAUCCUCGGCAAAUCCAGUCUGAUCGUUCUCUUGACUUUCAUCUUCUCCCUGUACUUCCUGUCCUUCUACUUCAAUUGUCGGAUCUACGACAUCCUGCGUCUUCGAAGGAUAAUGGCGGACGACUCGCGCGUCGUCAACACCACCAAGAAGAUUUUAUUUUGGAACACGAUGUUCGGAAAGAAAAUGUUCUACACGGGUGAAGACGAUAUUUUUCGCGAUUGUCCGGUGAACGAUUGUUACGCUACUUACGACAGGAGUUACGCGAAUCUGACAGACUUCGACGCCGUUCUAUUUCAUAACAAUGACUUUGAUUUAGCCGAUCUGCCGGCGAAGAGAAGCUCGAAGCAGUAUUACGUUUUCGUGAAUUUGGAGAGCCCGACCAACAGGCCACUGGUUAGCAAUUUUUUAGAGGAUUUCUUUAAUCUCACGAUGACGUACAGGUUGGACAGUGAUGUCGCGUGGUACUACGGGAUCGUCAGGGAUUUGAACACUAAACAAUUUGUUGCUCCUAGUCGAGACGUUAGCUGGAAAGCGUUUUACAAUCGGUCAGAGGAAACCGAUUGGAAGAAGUGGUCGUCAGACUCGAUUCGAGGGAAAAGAAGACCGAUAGUGUGGUUCGUGAGCAACUGCGAGGCGAAGAGUGGCCGGCAGGAGUACGUGCGAGAGCUAUCCAGACACAUACCCGUGGACAUUUAUGGGAAUUGCGGCAACAUGUAUUGUCCCCGUAGCACGGAUUGUUUCGCGGAGAUCGCGGAACCCGGUUACUUUUUCUACCUGUCUUUAGAGAACUCUCUCUGCGAGGAUUACGUAACCGAGAAGCUGUUCAAUGCCCUCAGGUACAACGUGGUGCCAAUUGUAUACGGAGGUGCCAACUACAGCCAGUUCGCACCUCCUCGGUCUUACAUAAACGUGUUCGACUUUGAUACGCCAAAGGAUCUAGCUGAAUAUUUAAAGAAGUUAAUGAGGAAUCCCUUCGAAUACGGUAGGUACUUCGAAUGGAAGAAAUAUUACAUGAUCGAGGGAGGCGAUCACGAGGCAAAGUGCAAUUUGUGCAAAUUUCUGCACGAGAAACAGGAACCACGGAUGUACAACCCGUUGUCCGAUUGGUACAGCAAGUCAAAAUGUCCGUUGCAAAAUUUCCUACGUUCCCAGAAUUACGUGUCGGGUAACACGUUGGAACAUCAAGACUGAUAUAGCACGUAGUUCGCAAAAUAUUACGUGUUGCGUAGCUUGUAGAACUUUUUAGGCAAACGUCGAAUGUUCCGAACUGCACGAUAAGAGUAGAAAUAUAUUUUUAUAUUUGAUUUCAUGAAUCGCGGUGAUCUUUUCAUAUAUUUUUUCACAAUAUCGUGUAACAAAAAUUGCGGGUGAUAUGCUGUGCUUGGCUUUCAACGACAAUCGAAGACAUAUCUCUAAGAUAAAUUAUUUUUACGAUAAACAAAAUUGAGGGUAAAAUUAAUUUGGACUCGAAGAGUGCUUAUUUUUCAACGAUUCCGAUAACGAAUGUUUUCGUUAAAAAACAGUCCAUUAAAAAUGGAAUUGCCGAUGAACUGAAACGAGGUUUCGAACGACAAACCGGAUACGAAUCUCAUUACUUUGUUCUAUAAGCGCACUAGUCGCUACUUUGAAAAUAGAGUAGGUCUCGAAUAAAUUAUUGAAACGUUUAACUUCCGACAGCACGAUGUUACUUGUUAAAAAUGUACAUAUCGACCAAACUUUU